GUCGUGUUUGCACCUGUUUGCGCAUGCGUUCUCCUGUCUCCAGGACCAUAUUCUUGAGCAGAAACGACGCACAUAGAGCAGUAAAGAGCAGCCCCCUUUCCCUGGCAGCGCGGAUACUGUCAUGUACGUACAGCUGUUACUAAUGUCGUCGUGUCAUAAUUUAUCAAUUUACACAAUUUAAACUUAUUUUUUCCGACUUAUAAACGGUACUUUUUCAAUGCAAUUCUUGUUGCUUGAAUGAAGUGGGGUCAAGGCAGAGGGUUAUCCUCUUUUUGUCGUGAUGUUUUCGCCUUAAUAAGUAAAUUAGAGGUGUUUUGAUGUAUUCUUGACUUUACCUGUGGAUACAGUCCCGUGACUGACGUGGGGUAUCACUGUUUACUUAAAAAUGCGAGGGAUUAGCGUUUCAGGAAACGUCAGCUUUUUGCUGUGUUUAUUCAGUGCUGCUUCCUAUCUCAGCUGUCAAAUGCGCCAAGCUUAAACUCAUUGGUCAGUAUUUGUGUUAAAUUACGAGUUUUGCUUUGCAUCUUGGAAGUCAAAGCACCUUUUUUCUUUCACGUGUCUUACUUAUUUGCAUCUGAAUUCAUCUUUGACCAAUUCCGGCUAUUCUCCAGCUAGUCAGUGUAGACCGAACCUCAUUAAGAAAACUUGCAAUUUUAAUUGGAGCUGCUGGUAUUGGAAUAUGUACACGGGUUUAACGAGAAGACUAGGUUUAUUAUUCAUUUAAUCGACACAUGGUUGCAUUCGGCAAACGUUUCAUCCAGCAAAAAUCUAUUUUAUUUGUGAAAAAUGUCAACUUGUAUUUCAAAGAUCAAGCUGUUCCUCCCAUCCAAAAAUUGACCCUGCACCACGGCCAGUUUGCUUUAAUUUUCAACAAAAUCAAAUUUAUUUUAGUUCUUGAAUACUGUUUUAUUGUACUCCUAUGUGUGCCACUGUAGAGAAAAGCUCCUCUUUAUUCACAACGAUUGCCAUAUUGAGACUUAACUGUUUGAGCUUGUAUGAGUUGCAAUUAUAAAUUCACCAGUUUUUUAAUGGAAUCUGGUGUGAUGUUCUUUAUAUCUUAUGUAAGACAACAGAUAGCCAAGCAAAAAGAAGGUUUCAACAAAGCAGUAACUGUACUGUUUGAGAAAAUGAUGAGUGAUGACUUGGGAUGCGACAAACAAAUAGGACACAGAUCUAUGUUGGUGCAAAAACCAACCACAAACAACAAGAAGUUAUUUUUCACAUAACUUAAACCUUAUUUCCAGAUACACAUACCACUCUUUUCAGGCUACUUUCAUAUUACUUCUGACAACAAAUGUUUCUGCAGCUUCAGUUCCUUGUAGAUAAAGACUAUUUGCUGUUAUCUGAGAGUGCACAAGGGGGAGAACUUCCUCACAAGCUAUACCAGCCAACAUGGCUCAUUACACCCCUGCUCUGUUGUUAGUUUAGUGGACUGGAUGUGUGUUUUUAUGGCUAUGAAUGUGGGCUUGGUUUCUUGUUUCUUAUUCUGUAAAGGUGCAGAAAAAGCUUGAAAUGUAACUUUGUAAGUUUGUAAGUGUAAGCUUGUAGAAACUGUGCAGGGAAUCUGCUAGCUUUUCUUUUCCUAUGUGAAGAAAAUGAUGCUCAAAGCAGCAUUGAAGGGAAAUUUCGCAGGCUUGGUCCAGUGGUGUAAUGGUAUUGGCAUUAUAUAUUUUGAUCAGACGAAGGCUCCUCUUUGACCUCCCUUUAACCCUUUUGUGCAUUUUCAAUUAUAUUUAACAUUAAAGCAACAAAAUGCAAAAAUGACUCGUCAGUGACAUUAAAAAAAUAAGAGGUAAUAAUUUCAAGCAUCCACCAAGCAAUGACAAGCUGGAAUUUCAUCUUCAGUGUUAAUAUAAGAAGAGUUUUUGAGACAGCUAAUUUCUCUCAUGAGGAAGUGGUUUAUGAGAUUCAUACACUUUUUCUAUCAUGUUCUCAAUUUGCCACAAUGCAUCUUUCCGACGUUCUCAUAAAGCUGUAGUCGUACAUUUGCCAAAACCUUAUGAUACAUUGUACUUCCUGAUCCCAUUUUUUUAUACUGAGUUUCUGCUGCUGAUACAGAGACCCAAGUCUUUGUAUUUGCCUGGAGAACACUAAUUAAUUUAUGAUUUGAUAAAUUCUUAUGCAAAUUUGACUUACGAUAGCAUUCAAAAGGAGCAUUUCUUACUGGACAGUCCUGUCUUUGUAUCUGAGCUCCAACAAUGCUGCUGUGGAUAUUCUAGAUAUCUUAAAAUCAGAAGCAUCGAACGCGGCUCUAUUGAAAAUAUUGUAAGUAGCUUUUGGACAGUUUUUGCAUUCUAGUUUUCCACAAUGUAUGUAUGCUUUAGCCUUUUGACCACAUGGUAGUGAACAAGGCGUAGCUGGCAUGGCUGUGACAGCUAUGCAGCUGACUUUGGCUGGAGUCUCAUUGCUGCUUGUUAUGAUACUUAUCUCGCCAUGAUCAGCUGGAGUUUCUGCAGAUGUGGAGCCACUGUAGGCAUUUGGCUUCAGUGUCUUUAAGUCCAAACAGGACUCAGGGUGCAGAAAUUCAAAAUAGGAGCAAUGAAUGAUUUUGACUCUUGUGAAACCAGGCCUGGCAGAUACUUACCAUUCCAUCCAUUGUGUUACCUGUCCGUGCAGUUGUUCAUGUAAUUAAGAGGAAACUGUGGCAGUAAUUCCACACAAAUAUCCUCUUUAUGUUAUUCUAUUAAUUACAGUUAGGCAAACCCAGAGCGCUUGGUUCCACUACGUUACUCAUGCCUUUGCAUGCUAAAAACUGGCUGCAGGAGCACCUAAAUCCAUGUAAACACAAAGCCAAAAAAGCCAAUUUUAAGAGCGAAAAUAAACAUAGUUAAGCCCUGGUCGAAAACACGUUUGGUCUAAAUAGCCCAGGACUCCCACGGCACCCACAGUACAGAGAGGGAUUUUUUUGUAACCCAUUUGUUUCAAAGAUACUAAUGUUAAAAGGCAGCAGAAUGAGAGGCAUGGCUGACUUGACUGAUAGGCAGGCGCAUUGUCUCCAUUUGUGAGGAAGUUAAAGGCCCACCUCAGGGAAGUCAUCCAGAAGUUGAGUCAGAAUUACCAACAUAGCAAGAGCCACUGACAGGCAUCAUAACUCCACUUCAUGAACAAAUUUGGGUACCGUCAUGAAUUCUGUGUUCAUUUAUUGUACAGUAUGGUUGUGCCAUGAAUGGUGCUCGGUUGCUGAAAUAAUCAGGAGAUGAUUGUAGAUGAUCGGCUCAGAUUGCCACUCUGAUCAAAUAGAUUUAGAUCAGCUCUGAUCUGAUAGCUGAGAUCCAGAUUAGAACAAUCAUAACAUCCUAACUGAUAUUUCAAGAGUGGACCUUGUCUGCUUAGGUUCAUGAUCUGCUACAUGUGCAGUAGACAAUGCAUUUUUUAAUUAAGACUUUCAGAACUAUUGUUCAUUUGAAAACACGUGUGGAUUGCCUGUAUAGUUGAGGAAUCUGGCAAGUUAUAUAGAGCUCAAGUAAUGUGCAGUUGUUUUCUCUCUCUGACUGAGAGUUAAAAUUGUCUGCUAAAAAUAAAGUGAAGUGUUGAUGUACUGUAAAUGUUGCCUCUGAUGAACCAUAGCAGAGAUUCAACACCUAACUUAUCCACUAACAGCCACUUCUGCUUGUCACGAACCUGCUGCAGCUUGUGAUGGGAAGGUCCCCGACACAGUGACACUGCAAUGUACUAAAACUGAGCUUUACAUCUUCAGCUAUGACAAUGUUAUGUUCCACAUAAACGACAGGGACAAACAAAUGUUUGGCUCAGAUGUGCAAUUUCCUCCUUUCAUGCUGCUCUGUUAAAUGUUGACUUUAUUACUGCUGUCAAUCAUACAAGGCUGUGCUGAAGAGAAGUUCCUUCUUGUUGGUGACAGAAGCUGAUAAAAGUUAUUGCCACCCUUAAACAGGUGACUCUCACAAACACUUUAGUUUUAGCCUGUCCACAUUUGGCUCCACACUAUGAAAGCUCCUCUCAAAGAGACUGGGGUCAACUCGACAUUCCUCCACCCAGAACACUUGACUCCCUCCUUAAAAUGUGCUGGAGUCUGGUUUAUAUCAAAUUCAGGACUGGGAGAGCUCAGUGCCAGUUUAAAAACUGACAGGGUAUGAUUCAGUCUAACCCCUACAGGAAAAUUAUUUGUGUAAUACUGGCCCAGUUUUAUGGUUUCACCCCUUUAAUGAUAAUCUCAGAUUUAGUUUCAGAGUUACCAUUGAGUCGGCAAAAACCUAAGAAGCUUAUCUUGGUGUUUGGGUACAUGUAACACUAAAUAGAAUAAAUAAUAAAAAGUCAAGACGAUUGUAAAUUUGGUCAAUAAACUGCAGUGAUUAAAAUGAAAAAUAGAAAUAUUGAGGUAGAUGAGAGAAAUCUGAACAGUCUGUUUUCUGAAAUGUGCAGAAAAGUUAUUUCAAGUGAUGUGUUAAAGCUGUUAGCGUGAAUUUCAGCAGGACUGUGCAAUGUACAGCUCGAAUGUGAAUCAAUGUAAUGCACAAGAGUCAGAUGUGAAAUCUGAAGGUUAAUGUGAGGUUUAGAAACAGUGAAGCUGCAGUGACAGUGAGAUUUUCCUGUAAGAAUUUCAGCAGAGUAAGAAUCAUGUGAAGUCAUAAGAUCAGACACAGUAAACAAACCCUCAGGCAGCUGUAAGACAGCUGAGACAUAUAGUUUCAAAUAGACUGUCUUUGUAAAUAGCACAGAUGAGAGAGCUGAAGUUGACUGUAGUCACGUUGUAGACUUUCAAUGCCCUUAUUUUGCUCUAAAAAUAUCUUUAAAAUGGCCCGGGCACAGGGGUCUGCUCUGGUCUUCUUCAGGGCCCUUGUUAGCAGGGGCUAGCACAUCUAUGUUGUGUUUCACUUAUCAUUUGAAUGUGCAAGUUUAUUGGUUAAAACGAAGAAGUGAUACUUCUGAUUUGAAAAGGUGAUGAGAAGAGGGAAAGGGUAGUCGGGGCGGCGGUUCUCUUUGAAUAACAGUAGCUGUUUUCAUUGUUUGGCUGAGUAUACUUCAGUUAUCGCUGAACAAAAGGAAAUGAACACAGGAAGCCUAAAAUAUCCAAAGAACACUUGUAUGUGACUCAUUGAAAGAGCCAGCGGUGCCUCAACUCUUUUGUCUUCUCUGAAGUUGGCUUGUUGUGCAUGCUGCCUUUCUCUGUAGCUUUUUUUUUCUUUUGUACAAUGAGGACAUUAAAAUCAUGACAGUUUUUCAUUGGAGACAAUUAAGUUAAAAAUAACCCGUGCAGUAAGCAUGGGGCUUCAACAGCUAUACGGAAUCCAGUGAUCCUUGAUCACAGUAUAAAUCCCCUGUGUUUUUGUGACAACGUAGUAUUUGGUUGUUGCCGUUUGUUUGCUUUUUACCUUGACAAGUGCUUGUGACAAAACAUUGGAUAAGAUUGCCUAAAAUUGCCUAAUUCUGAUUGGUCAAAAACCAAUUGACAACAUUUAUCAAAACAGUCUAGCAGCAGACCUCCACUGAGAGGACCCACCUCUACCAAGAGGACUCGCUCUAAUGAGAGGACCCAAGGUGACGUUUUUUCUCAUGCACUCCAGUUUGUUCGAUGUGGUCAUCCCGUUUUGUAUUUUGUCUUUGUUGAAUACACGAAUACACAAAAAAAUCAUAUGAACAUUAUAUACAUCAAACACAGCCCCAAGAGACAGAUAUGAGACAAAAUAUACGUACUUCCUGGUGUAACCAGGAUCGUGUUUUAUUUUAAAGGCUUUGAAUCAACUUAGGAUGUAAAAAAAGAAAUGUAUUUCCUGUGUAUUUGCUUUUAUUUUGAAAGGCAGCUUCCAAAAGAAACAACUUCCAAUUUGCCCAGUGGAGGUGGGUCCUUUCAGUGAAGGUCUGCAGCCAGACCCUUCUCACAUUUAUUGAUUAUGAUUAGCUAAGGUGAUAGUUAAGACAACCUGAUCACAGAUAUCGAACCAAUCUGUGGAAAGAAAUGAUAAAGGUGAGGUGAAAGGAGAUCAUGUGUUCAAGUCAAGGCAAAGAGGAAAAGUAAUGUUUUCAUUGAAAGCACUGUUACAAGCAAGCCUAUAAAGAGAGGACUAAGUUAAAAGUUUAAAAGAUGCUGUAAGAUGUUAGACUGAAAAAGAACUGAUAAGAUAAAAAGGAAAAAAAAAAGAGUAAGCCUACUCUUACUGCAGCCUGACAAUUUGUAAUAUGAUCACAACAACCUAAAAAUCACUGGCAGGACAUGAGGGAAGAAACUGGCAGGUUUAGAGUUUAGUCAAAGGAACCAGAUUGAGGCAGGAGGGACAUUUACUCCCAAGUAUCAAGAACAGGCAGGACAAAGAAUGCACUCACUGCCUUUGUUUUGGUGACUGAGACAUCCCAGUAGACACAACAGAAGAUCAACUUUCCCUCUCACAUUACAGUAGGAAGCCAAAGGAUUGUGGGUCAGGAAGUCUCUGGUGUGGUAUUGGUUCCCACAUCAGUGAGGCACAGCUUUGUCCAGUAAUUACACAGAGAGCUCUUUGAAUCAUGGUCCAGUGGCGCAAGAAGGAGACACUGAAAGGACCUUGUCCGCAUGCUGGAUUGACUCCCUGUAAAGCCAUAUGUGACAUCAAAGGAAAACUGAUUAAUUGCUUACAUUUUCUGCUCAUUGCUCAGAUGUCACAGGAGGAUGAACUGCAUCAAUAUGAGCGUUAAGGCUUCUUGUAUACCUUGUUAAACUGAUGUUUUUGCAGUCGAGUACGCUGAAUGAUACUUCCUGGGGGUGGGAGAGGCUCAGGGGCACGUUGCAUAACAGCACCCGUUUCCAUGUGAGUAUCAUGCAGCAAACACUGGAGAUGAGAGUAGAGACGAGGGCAGGUCUUGUGAUGCUGUUUUGCUGCAUAGCUAACAGCACCACGCAGAAAGUCUCCACACGGAGUCACUCGAGCUUUGCAGUAUCACGAAGAAGGCCCCUCCCCCCUGCACACACCACCUCCAGGGAUGAUGUUGAUACAGGGGCAGGUUGUCACUGUGUGUGUUGGAGGGGUUGUGGGGGCUCCCCCUUACUGCUCAUGGAAGCAGAAAUACUGCAGCCUCUGCAAUUCGCGGGAAUUUACACAGUCCACCAGUGUAUUUGUGCACGUACGUGUGCGUUUUCUGCGGCCAUUGCAGAACAGGAGGACAGAACACAUUACUCAGGCCAAGUGGCGUCAGCGGUCAGCAGGUGACUGUACCACUGCCAUCCAUCACCAGCUGAGAGUCUUGUCUGACUGAGGCCAUGCUGCUCGCUCUGAUCAGGCCAGGCUUUUAGAAUAAAGCUGUGAGGAAAAGACUUCCAGGCGACAUUUCACACAUUCAGUAUCACCAGAGAGACUGAUGAACCGUGAGCCAUAUGCUCACUUUUCUUGGUAAGAUCUAAUUCCUCCUGUUCAACUGGAAAAACUCUGAUAGGCUCACUUAGAUCAUUUCUGUUGUGAGAGAGACUCACACGCAACAUCCCAGCAGAUCAGUUUGGUCACACACAACAAUAUGAUGCAUCAUAUAAAUCAAAUAAUAGCCUUUUUAGGUACAUCUGUUUUCCAGUGAGACAAUCAUGUAAGGCUGGGUGAUGUGUGAAACCAUUUAUCACGAUAUUUUUUUUUCAUAUCAGUCGAUAUCGAUAUAUAUCAUUAUAUAAAAAAUGACAUUCAACAAUCCUUAUUGGGUAACUGUCUUUUGCAGUACAAUAAGCUUCUGCAUCUGUGAGGUCUUUGUGUCUCUUCACGGUUUUGUUGUAAGGCGUUGCGCUAGAGAAAGCAGAAUGAAUGAUCGUCUGUUUCGGCUGCACAGGUGCUCCUUGCUCUGCUCAGGGUUUGUAACGGGUAAAACCCACAGGGUCCAGAACGACUCCACUCUGCUCCGGCACGGCUAGCGGAUCAAAUCUGCAAGCAUUAUAAUCAAUGUGAGUCAUUCCACAGAAUUUUCCCGGCGUCCGGCUCCGCUGCGGAUCGGCUCCACUGCAAUUCAGCUCUGCUGCUGAUUGGCUCCCGCGACCGAAUCACGGCGCAUCAAUUCAGUGCAGUACAGCACGAGCAGCAGCAGAAGUUUUAUGCGGUUACAGAGCAAAAUAUCCAGUUAAUUUUCAAAAUAAAAUAAAGUCAAUACAUUGAACUUAAUAAUGGGAGAGGCCAAGGUUUUAGGAUUUAUAUACACUGAUUGGCGGAUCUUACUCUAUGACUCCCGGGGAAACCCGCAAGAGCUCCUGAGAUCUAAUCCAGUCUUGGAAGAAAUAUUGGUAAUCUUGUGAGCACUUCUCCGAUGGCGGUGGCAGAUUGGAUCCGGUGGGCGCUGUAUGCUUGUGGAUCUGAUCCGCCUGCCGGUCCAGAGCGGAUCUUGUGGGUGUAGCCAGUAACCUUUUGCAUUGCAUGUGCUCUGCCGUGUGGCACUGCUUCAGGUGGUGAAAAAGAUUUGAGGUAUUCUCCAACUUUACGAGAACAUGUACUCGACAUAAUUUGCAGUGCACAUUACUCUGCUUUAUGUCCGCCCUAAAAACAACAAAAUAACUGCACACCUCUGACGUUUUCAUGCCUGUUUUGUCGAUGAUGUGAUCAUCUGCUUAGCCUUCAUCUGCAUUUCUGCAGGGAGUAGCACUCAUUUUCUUUUUUUUCUCACUGACAGUGCUGUCAGCUUUACGUGUUAAAAUGCUAUGGUUGCAUGUAGCUGCAGCCUGCUACUACGCAGUUGUUUGCUACCUGGUUCUAAUUCAGCACAUGAUUGGUUCAGCGCGAAGCGGACCUGGAGCAACUCGCCUUUUCAUAGGCCAUUCAUAUAAUCUACCAAAACAUGGCAGAAUGCUGACUAAUGAAAAGGAUUUUGACCCUGUUUUAUAUUGAUAUUGAGGGAAAUUAAUUUUCGAUAUAUCGUUAUCGUUUUGUCGCCCAGCCCUACACUCAAGUAGUCCUUAUGCCCUAUUUUGCAAAAUACUUAAACAGUUGCCCCCCACAUCAAUGAGUUAUCUAAAUUGAAACCCCCUUGCAGAUUGGGUUCAUCUGAAAAAGGAAGAAAACAUAAUUUUGAAUAACAGACCAUUCGAUUGAAACAAUGAGUUUAAUAAGCUGCUGUUGAUUCAUUUAAAGAUUAUGCAUGCAGCCAGAUGUGUCUGAAACCAAGUUGAAGCAGCAAACUUAAGUGCCUUUUCCCAUCUCAGUUCCCAAACUCCUGUGUUUGAUGCAGGCCAGAGGGUAGAAAGAACCAGUAAUAAGAAUAAAUCAGUGUUUUGGUUUGGACUUAUCAGCAUGUUCAUAAAGCAAGAAGUGAUUAGAGAGAGCUUUAUAGUAAGUGAUGAACCUCAGUGCUCCAUGAUACACAUUGUCCAGAGCGUGUAAGCCCUGAGAAGCCGGUGCAUGCAUACCAUAGUCUAACACAGACAUAAUGGUGGUAGAAGCCAGUCUCUUUUAGUACUCAAAACUAGAGCUGGAUUUGAUUUUAAAAUAAAAACCCAGUUUCUAUUUUAGUCUUCUCAUCAUCUGCAGAGUAUGAGGGAUAAAAGAGGAAGAGUUAUAGAUUGAAACACCAAGAUAUCUUCAGUAAGACACACAAAAUCUUUUUCAGGACCAUGAUGUGGAGAUGGAAGGCAGAUAGUUUUUGCAUGAGAGGAUGGCCUUACUUUUGUUUCAUCUGUGUUUAAAAUACGUUUUAAAUUAAAGAAAAUAUCUAACAGCAUUAAAAGCAGUUUAUAAGUAAGUCAGCUUUCAUUAGACUGGCUUCUAGCAGCUGUAGUUUUUUGUGUUGCUAACCAGCUGAUGAAAACUUGGUGAAGUAGGACCUCUGCCAACUAUCAGUGGGGUUUGAAACCUGAAAGAGGCAGGGAGAUGAUUUCCUCCCAUCAUUUUCUAUUCUUCUUACAUAGCUCUAUAUACACUGGGUGUUCUGUACUCAGGUGUUUGUGUGUGUGUGUGCAUCAACCUUGGUCUUAUUUACCAAACAUCGAUUUACAUAACAGUCUACUUCAUUUUCAGAACUGCAGCCAAAACACUCUGUUGACCCGAGGGCUCUGCGGUUGGCAUAUGUGUGUGUGUCUGUGUCUAGUCUAGCAUGGUUAUCACUGUGUGUGUGUAUUCAGAAGGCCAAAUGUUGCCCUGGGACAGAAGAGCUGCAGCAGAUUAGCCUGUGGACAGAGUGCAGGAUGGACAGCUGUUGCUUUUUCCCCUCCUCAGAACAUACAAGGUCAGGGUAAAGAGAGCUGGAUCAAACUGGGCUUUUGCUGGCUCAUCCAUUAAAACCAUUAUUUAUAAAAUAAUACAUUAAAUGUUCAGUUGUGCAGCAGACAGAUUUUACCUCAGAUAUGAUGAUUAACAUUGAAGUUUCCUGUCUUUGUGGUUUUUAACUGUAAUUUCCUGUCUAUGACACGGAAGGUUGAGUAAUUACUAAAAAGUUUGAACCUGCAUGUUCAAAAAAUCCUUGCCUCUAACUGAGACGCUGCAGCAUCUCUUGCUCUGUUUUCACCCAACUAUUUUCCCUGCUUCCCCUUUCCUUUGUGUGCUGGAAACUAAGUGAUAUACAGUCCUUCCUAACUUCUGUCUUCCUGCAGCACCUUAUCAUGGUAGUAAAAGAGUAUCCUGUCAAGAAGCCAAUAUUCUCGUCAGACUGCAUAAACCUGCUCUAGUGAGCCCAUAUCUUCAUACUCAAACAUCAACAACAACAACAACCGGAAAUAACCUUGCAUGUUUUUUUCACACAAUUGUAAAUACCGUGUAUGUGUGCCACAAAGGUUUUUGGUUCAUACAGCUUCACUGCCUCUAAAUAGUGAUGACUUAGAUUAUAAACUGGGCUGUUUCACUCACUACAAAGCAACAACAAUAAGGACUAUAUUUAAAACACACCUUUAUUAGAGAGAGGCCUCCAUUAUUUCUAAUUUAUCCUGUCAGAUCAGUAUAACAGGUUAUCAGUUGAAAGGCAAAGCUAUGCAUCUGUCAUUAUGCACGUGCUCAUGAUAUUUAAAGACAUCACAUUGUCCCAAAAUAUAGUUGUAAGAGUUACUUGUCAAUAGAAAGGAGUAAGCUAUCAGCUGCUACAGAAAGGAGACAAUUUUGCUGUUUGUUAAGCUUAUUUUAAGAAACUCUGACCUCAACCUUUUAUGUUGCUGUUACUGAAUGAGUUUUUUUUUUAAUUAAUGCUCCUGCACUGACUGUACAUUCAAGAGGCUGCAAGCUCUUUGAUUUAAGAGGCAUGAGCUAUAAAAAAUCUAUUAACAGCAGUUGUGUCUUUCGUAUAUAAAAAAGACAUAUCUUUAAUCGAGAUACUUGCUCAUAAAAGAGUAUAGAGUCUUUGUUACACGAAAAAAAAAAAUGCAGUAAUCAAAUACUUUAAUAUGAGUCUGCUUAACUUGAGUGCCUCUCAGAGCUGACACACGUAUUUGACACUUAUGGUGCCCUUGUGUGUCAUCAUCGUUGUUUUGUCAAAGCCUGUGGCACUUUUACUUUGCAGACAGGUUUUUAUGAUAAAAGCAAACAUCUUUCCUCUUAGUUACUCCCUCGCAGACAAUAAAUUGUAGUGAGAGGGAACAUAAAACACUCGGAAGGACAAACAGAAGACCUCGGCAUGGUGUCGGGUCUGAGAACUGCAGCUCCUACGUAAUGGAAAUUUAAGCCCUGGACUUUAUAGGAGACGUGGGCACCUGUUACAGAAUCCCUUAAACCUAUUGGUGUGUGGACUACCAUUUUCAGGCCUCAACAAGAUAUACGUCAUUGAUGCCCCAUUGGUAGAAAAUCACUUGUAAUAACAGCUCACAACAGGAGACAAAGGGGAAUAAAUAAUGCAUACAUGCAGAGGCGCUUGAGAGGAGUGAGGGACUCGUUUGUACUCUGUUUUUUAUGCAUGCCCAAUGACAAGUCCUUAUUUGCUCAUCAAAAAGACAACAAUUGUGUUAUAACAUAAUCAGUUUUUAAUUGUGGUGCUAGCCUAUCUGUUUGUGAUAUGGCCAAAUGACCUAAGAGAGUCAAUGUAGCCAAAUCCUCCAAAUACCUCACAACAAUCAUACCUUUACAGCAUGGCCUCUGAUUAAUCAAUGUUAGACCAUAACUGAAUAAACAAACCUAUCAUGGUGACAGUGAUACCUGCUCUGCAGUGCUAACAAAAAAGCAGCUUUAGCAGCUUGUUCACCAAGUAUGCCAAGACUUGUGAGAUAAUCUGUUCAUACAACUGUUUACACAGGAAACCAAGUUAAAUAUCUGGAACAUGCUGAAACAUUUGCCGAAAGCCCACAACAAAGUGAACAGAAAAUGCAUUUAGAGAGUGAAAAAGACCAGAGUCUUUUCAAGCAGACAGCAAAUGGCACCUAUAUUAGAGUUAGCGUUAAAGUAACUCAAAAUUAUACAAGAGUGACAAAACAGUGCGACCUUUGAAAAUGAUAAACACAGGGGUUGAAGGUGCUUAAUUUUGCUGGGCCUUUUAAGAUGGGUGCCUUUUGGAGUCAGCCUUGUGUCUAUUCAAGGAACUGCAGUUUUAAGAAAAUUUCAUUGGAUUUCACUCCUCAUUUUGCAGUUUACACAUUAAUUUAGAGGGAAAUUCUGUCUGGUAGGAAGCAGCACCAAGAAAGAAAGCACCUGGGGAUUACUUACUGUAGCAGUAGGAAAACUCAAAUGUGAUUUUCAUCUAGGGCUAGCCGAGAAACUGAAAAUUUAUCAGUAGCGAAAUUUACGACAAAAACCAACAUCAUUUUGCCUGUGUCAAUAUAUUCAGUGUCAAAAAAAUAAAUAAAUAAAAGUUGGCUCUGGAUGUGUGUAGGUAGGCUAUGGUCUCAUGUCCCUUUAGGACGCCAUCCUACGUUAGAGACAUGACUCCACCCCAUCCAAUCCAUAACAAAGGGGGAAAGACAGGUGAGGAGAUAAAGGACGGUUCUAAAGUUGUAGCGGCUGAAGUAGACAAAGUUAAUGUGGGAGGGGGUGAGCAGCUUGUGGAGUAGUUAUCGUCCAUUUAUCGUUAUUGAGGUGAACUGCUCAAUAUAUCGUGAUAUUGAUUUGAGGCCAUAUCACACAGCCCUAUUUUCAACUGACACAAUAACUAAAAGGUUUUAGACUUACUUGACUUUAAGUCUUGGAACAACAGUAUCUGCGUGAUGACCCUCAGAUGGCUAACAUUCAGGGUGAGAAGUCUCCAGUGGUCUAAAAUCCCAGUAUGUGGGUGUUGAUUAACUUGUUGUUGGUUUGUGUAACUACAGAAGAACAUGAACUGUAACUUAUUGAGUUACAGUUACAGUUAUUGAGACUAUUAACUCCUCCCUGAAGUUUGAGUCUAUGUGGUUGCUUACACAUAUGUAUAUUAAAAUGUAUGUAAAGGAGGACCUGGAUGCUAAUUUCCUCUUUCCUUUGUUUACAGAUGCACUGGAUUUGUGAGUUCACUUGAUGUUAGCACCCUCAGGGGAUGGGAGGGUCAACAGUCUGUGACCUCAGCUGAAACCUCCAACCAGCCCACACACUAUUUCCAACAUGGAAGGUGUAACGGUGGACAACCUGAUUGACUUUGACCUGCCUUCAGAGGUCUCCACACUCACUGUAGAUGGAGGUCAACAACAAGGUCACACGGACAUUUUCUCCCCAGAGCCCAGGUCCAACAUGGGAAUUCACCAGCAGCCCUUACUGCCAGAGCCCAUGGCACCCACCAAGUCUGGCUCUCACCACCAUCACAACCACCAAGAGGAUGGAGACAAUGACAGCGAUGCCACAGAGUCAGCAGACAGCGAGAAUGACAUGGACCCGUCCUCUGAAAAGUGGGAGCUGAGGAGGUCAUCAUCUUCAUCUGCACACAGCGGGGAGGAUGCUGACGCUGACACAGUAGAGAGGAGGAAGUUCAUGAAGGCUUAUGUGGAGAAGGUGUUUCAUGGAAAGUAAGUCUGUUUUUCCCAUUUUCUUUCUAACUUGUGUGAUGAACCGAUGGGAGGUGAGUCAAAAAUACAAACUAUAACUAAUGCACAUACAAAGUACAACAGCCUUGGAUUGUAUUUUAUUCUGAGAAAGAUCUGUACCUAUCUGAGGGAUUUUUUGUAUAUACGGGGAGCUUCAAUAUCCCUAUUUGCAUUAAUAUAGUAUAAUCAUGGGAUAGGGAUGCUCCGAAAGAUUUCCUCAUCAUCUAAAAGUUUGAAGUUUUAAAUUCAACCAACCAAGUAAUUUUUUUUUUUUUUUUUUUUUAUUGAACAAGACAGACAGUACAACCAACGAGAGACACAUCACAACAAUAACGACAAAAACAGAAAACGAAACACAACCAUACAACAGCCAGAGGACUUACAGAUCUGUGCUUUUUUUGUCAGUUGAUCCUGAGCUUGGGGAAAUUCCAUAUUCACAAAAACAAAUGGGCCAAAUCCAAGCCAAACAUUGCACCCUUCAAAAAUGAACUGCUCCGUUAUGCUGCCACGAUCAAGGACAUUAAAAACAAGAAAGCUACCAAAACGUACCAACCAAGUAAUUCACAGUGGAGAAAGCACUCUGAAAACUGCCUUAACUGAGCACAAUUUAUCCAACACCAACAACCUUCAGUUCCCUUUGCAGGGUAACGUCUGUGCUGGUUAAGCAUUGCUCAGGCCAGUUUAAGCAGACCCGAGCUGCGUCCGAAUUGCCAAGUAGUAGUCGAAGUAGUAGUCGAAGUAGUAUCUAGCAUGUCCGAAUUGGCCACCGGAGCGAGUAGCAUGCUACUUCAGAUACUACUUCAGAUGCUAGACACGCCCACAUUGUAGGUUGGGCUCGGUGCAUCCUACGGGCAUGCUACUGACCCAAAAUGCACCGCGGGCUUCUUCUUCGUCCUCUUAAAAGUUGUAGAAGCAUGUGAUGCUAGCGCCACCAGCUGCUCUGCCUAUUUAAAAGUGUCGCGAACGCCGGCUGGCCACAGCGGCGCGCACCAUGUCGGAGCAGCAGCAGCAGCAGGCGGGACCGCAGCAGUACAGAUGUAAGUUUCAUGUAACUUCACACACUGUCCUAAAAAAUGUGCGGUUGUAUCUCUUUGUCAUGUCAUGGUGUCAUAUUUGCCCAAGUAAUCAUUUUAUGACCAAGUGGCGACAUCAUGGAGGUAAAGCUCACUUAUUCCAUCAUUAAACUGCACAGCUGCAGUACUACAGCCAGGCCCGCAGAUGAGGGGCUUCAGUUACCACUGUCUGCACGGGCGCAGUACCUACUCUCUGCCUGCGGGGGUCGUCUUUCCCCACCGCUCGUCUAGUGUGUCCGAAUUGGGCCAACGUUUUUAGUAUGUAGGAGUAGGAUCUAGCAGUAGCACGUAGCAGUAGCAUGUAGUAUCCGAGCGGGCAGUUCGGACGCAGCACUAGUAUCAAAGCAGAAGCCAUUAUCAACCAGAGCUGAUGGCUUUUGCUACAACUUAGACUCAGCAUUUCAGUGGUAUUUCUGGUGCAGGACAGUGAAAAUAUAAGUAUUUUAUUUAGCUACUAUGGUGUGAUGACUUAAUGCUGUUACAGUCAACUAAACACACACAUCCCCAUCAGGUGGUCUUGUGAUAGAGAAAUCGACUUUCAAAUUCUGUGUUUUAUGCUGGACAUUUUUGACAAAGGAGUGUGUAUUUUACUAAAAAUUUUCAACAGUUUCCUCAAAUCAGAGCCAAAGCCCCCUCACAUUUCUAUUUAUAAGCUACCAUAUGCCAUAUGUCAGAGGUCAGCAAUUGGGCUUGGCCUCGGGCCAAAUUUUGUCAGGAUUGCAACAUUGAGGACAAGAACAUUUGACUGUGCCAUCCUGUGUUUGGAGAAAUUCCAGAAACAAAAACCACCACAGAUGUGAUUUCACUAGGUUUUUGUGACGCAUGGGUAUAUUAAAAAUGUGUUGAUUAAUCAUACUGUGAUUGGAGGGCAAACUGUGAAUAAUAUAUGAUAGAUAAGAUUGUGAUAAGCCUUUUUAGGUCAUGAAAUUAUUCAGACCUGGUUAUGGACAUCAUCAAGAAGCUGCGGGACAACUUCGGGUCCAGAUUUGAGGACUACUUCAUCCUAACAGAUAUCAUUGCCUUUGUUCACAAUCUCUGGCGCUACCUUUGUUCGUACCUUUGCUUGAACCUUGUUCUGUGGCGCAAUUGUUCGACUUUGCCAGUAACGGUUGUUGUUUCAAAAAAUAUUUGAAUUAAAUUCAUUAUAAAAAUAAUCUCACAGGCCAGAUUUCAUGUUUGGUGGGCCUGAUUUGGACCACGGGCCCCUAGUUACCGAUCCCGGCUGUAUGUUGAGCCUGAUAAACAAAAUAUUCAGAGCAACAUCUGUCACACAAGUUAUCAGUCUAAUCUUUUUGGCAUUUAGUCAUCUGGUAGAACUGAGUUUCUCUUUCAUAGACUUUCUGCACAAAUACCAUUUGUUGGGACAGGCUUCCUGUAAUUACCGCCAAAACACUCUCAGAACUUUCAUGUUUAAUUUCCAGAUAGCUUAAUUGUCAACAUGGGAAAUACAGGAGAAAAAAACGCCUCAGGAAAAACAUAAACCUUCUAAAAGUUUGUAGUUUGCUGAAUAAUUUUUACUGAAAAGUUUAGCAGACAUGGCAGAUUGACACGGAGUAAGGAUCCCAGAUGACUUUCACAUUAACCACAAAUUAAUAGAAGAAAUUAAACAGGUCAAACUUGUCUGGUGUUGAUAGGGUGUAGUUCUUUCACUAUUGAACAAAGUGGAAAAGCAAGAUAAAGGCAUUAUGAAGCCAAGUGAAAUCAAGCAGCAAAGGCAUUGGUGACUCUCUUAAUGAGAUGUAAUUAUAAUUAAUUGUUUUGGAUAUUAUUCAGAGUAACUGUCAACUGUGACCAAGUGAUUGAAAAACAUGCACAGCAGUUGGUGACAGUGCUGGAUCUAUACAGAUUUAGUUUCAAAUACACAUCACUCUUUGUUACACAGAAAUCUCUUAGGUGAAAGAUUGAUUGAAAAACUGGACAUUGAUGUUUAUUUUAAGCAUUUUGUUUGCUAAAUGUGAACCACGGAGUAAAUAUUCCCUUCAGACAGGACCUCUUUUGUUUUUCCACACAUUAAAUGUAUAAACAGCUAUUGAGCAGUAUGUGUGAAACUGUUGAACAUCCUCUGCUCUCCAGAGAGUGAUUUGACUGUGAAAUGAGUCAGGGUGACUCAGUGUUGGUUGGGUCUGUUUUGAAAUGUCAAAACAAUCUGCAGGUGUGGAGACAGAGGAGUGAACUCACCAGACUCCAGAAGCCAACUUUCAUCUCUACUUGAGGCUUAUGGCUUGAUCGGCUGCUACGUACUUCUUUGAAUCUACAUCGAAGCUGUUGUGGCCCAGGGAAGCUCAGGGUGUAAAUAAGGCCUAAAAAACUCUGUGUCUGUGUCUGAGUGUUUCUGUAAAGACGUUUUCAGCUAUGUAGCAUGUACCUCCUGAAAUAAUUUAAGCACACACAAUCUGGAGUCAUUGAGCUUUGUGUGUCUGCAUGCAUUGCAACCACCAUACACUAAGUGCAGGGAAAGAGCUAAAUGCUGAUGCUGCCUUUAGGCUGUCAUAGCUCAUCAGAGGAGAGUGUGUAACACUUUGCCACCCCCUGCACAAAGCUGAGUCUCAGUAAACUGACUGUCAGACAAUAACUGAGCCCUUAACCUCUGUGUUUUUUCCUCUUUAUCAGCAGUGAUGACUUUAAACAAGCCUCCCAGAAACUUGACUGUCUUUAUUUUUGUGAUUUCAUUUGUUUUAGCGUACGUUAAUGUUGUGAUCUCCUCUGGUAGCACUUUUUUCUUGAUUGUAGUACUAGCACAUGAAAUUAGUUGUGCUUUAGGCUGUGCAUUCACGUCACCUCAGAUUAACACUGUUCAUUUUAUUAACCAGGUUUCCUAGAAACACUCCAGCCUCAUAAGACUCUCAUGAUUCACCGCUAAAGGGCCAUGGGGCAUAACACUUUGUUCAACGAGAGAGAACAAGGAAUCAUAUAGAUCUCUGGGCUUGUUUUUAAUUUUGCUGAUGUUUAUUGAACCUUUUCCAUCAUUCGGGUGCAGACCCAGAAGCAAACUGUCUCUGUUUGAUAAUUUGCCUUAUUUUGGCUGAUCUAGCUAUCUGUCAGCAGAUAACAAUAUAAAGGUUAGUAUUACCAGCAUAAGGAUAGACUGAAUGAUGCAACCAUCCAGUACUCAUAGACUGGCAUGGUGGGAAAAUAAGUCUGUCUAAAAAUGAAAGACAUGAACCCUGCUAUGUGCGUGUUCAGGUGAGAGUGACCAAAACUGGGGUCUGUGUUAUAUACCGAACAGAUCCAGAGAUGUAGUUGACAUUAAAAAUAUAAGGCCCAGAUCUGGUGACAGCUAACCAAAAUGAAACUACCCAAAAAUGAUGGACUCCUUGGUCAAGUCUUUGGAGUAAGUAUUUAUGAAGACCUCUGCAGUGACCUCCAGCUUACCUCUCAGAAUUUUGAGUUGAUUACUUUGUGGUACAAUGGCUUAUCGUUUUGUCUAAAUAGGGUUGGGUACGGUUUCAAUCUGAUUGAUCCUAGUUCUAAUUUUGGUACUGGUUAUCAAUUCCAGCCCUUAUUGAGAUUUGAUUGUAAUUCUUGUAAUUUUGGAUAGAAAAGCAAUUAAUAUUUCCCUUACAAAAAUGAGGCAAGUUCUGCAAAACAGUAAAGAAUAUAAAACCAUAUCAACAUAAAAGGUUGCUUUUAUACUCUUAAAUGUGCAUGGUUCAACUGUUACUUCAUUAUUCUAAAUAUGUGUUCUGCUUUGUUGUGUCAUUUUUUGGUGUAGUCUAGUCUAUUUUGACCACUUGUUUGGUCUGUCACAAUCCUUCUCUCACAAAUUUAUCCACACAUUGCAUCACAAAUGACAAAACACAGCUUGUCCUGACAGAUAAGUAAAAUUUUAUAUGGACUGAAAAAAAUUCACUGAAGAGUAAUUGUGAUAGAUUUAUGUCAGGAGCCGAAGCAGGAUUAAAAAUCACAUGCUUUAUCGAAUCCAAGAAUCUCAUCUCAUUUGAAAGUGGUUCCUGCUACCCAGACCUUUUUUUAUGUGAUAAAACGUCUUGAAACCCUCAUCUCUUCCUUUUUAAAACAGCAGUAUGGUUUUAGAAAUACUGAUGACUAAUGUCAAAUUUUCAACAUCAGUGCUGAUGCCACAAAUAAGGGAAGUGAGCCGAUGGCCAAUGAAGAUCAUAGGGCUCAUCUAUUUUCUGCUAUUUCACAAAAUACAAGAAUUUAACAACGAGAAAUCCAAAACAGAAUGACUGAACUUGAAUAAACAUUUCAUUUAGGAUGUGGACAUUUGGAUUUAGGUUCAGCCACUAUCAAUUAAUGGAUAACUAUAAGUAGAGAGAAAUACCAGGCAAAUAGCAGUUUUUGAUUCAUUCAUAAAAAAGAAGGCUAUAUUGGAUUAUACUAUAGAUUUGAGAACAUGAAGGAUAAUUAUAUCAGAAGCAAUAUUAAACUGUAUUAUUCUUGGACAUUCUAAAAAAUUUCAUCAAACACUUGACUGUGACUAUUUUCUAUUGGACAUGCAGUCAUUUGGAAUGGGAAAUUUUGUUUUUAUGUACACAUUAGUGUUAGUUACAGAUUGGAGAAAUUUUAUGGUGUGUAAGAUAAAUCAUGUAUUUCACAAUUUACAUAUUUGAAAUGUUUUUUUUAUUAUUAUUUAUUUUGUAGACUACACGUCUUUUUGCAAUCGGAGUCAUCUGUCAGAUGUUUCCUUAAUUACAUUCUUACUGGAUGUCAGUUUUUCUGUAUCAUAAACGCUGUCUUAUAAAUCUGGAAGUAAACACAACAGCAGCUGUGAACAGCCUGUUUUUUUUCCACAGUAUCUGUAAAUGAGUGCUGCUUUGACCUUUUUUGUGACUCGUUUCCACAGGGAGGACUUUGACCAGGAGGAGCAGGCUCGCUUUGGAGAGCUGUGCAGUGGAGAGAACGGCAAAGGUCGGGAGUGGUUCGCCAAAUACGUCAGUGCACAGGUGAAUACGGGGGUUAAUGUGAAAAUAUCACUGUAAGUGACCUUUUUGGGAAAUUAGCUCUCUGACCGGUUCUUGUCAAGAGCCUGAAUACACUGUCAGAAAGAUGGCAGACAUCAGUAGGGUAAAAUAAUAAUUCACCUGAUUCUUUUGACUAUCUUGUUUUUAUCAAGUAUCAUCCUAACUCUGCUUCGUUCUGUGUCAACAGCGCUGCCACUCCAAAUGUGUGAGUGAAGCCACCUUCUACAGGCUGGUGCAGUCUUUUGCGGUCGUGCUGUUUGAGUGAGUCUAACACACACAAAUCAUCUAAUCCUGUGUAACUGUGAAGAAUAAUGUUGGUCAACUCUGUUUCACUUUCCCAUGAAAAUUCCCUCUGAUCAGACCCCGUUGGUUCUUGCUGGAGAAGGUCUGAUUCAGAGCUCCAAAGCCCACUUUCAUGGAUGCUGUUAUCAAUCAUCACAAAACAGAAGGCUAUUCACGAAGACUAUUUUCAGCUGUGGAUUGAUACACAUUUGAUGCUGUUCAUGGUUUAGAUGAGAUUUAACAUGCAACAGAGUCAGUACUGUGUUUUUAAUCGUGCUCUCUGGUGAGGAAGCUGUGGGCAGACACACAUUUACGUGUUUACUCACUUGUUUCCGGUAAUAAUUGCUUUCUUGAGGUUAUUUGUCUCAUUUCAUUGCUUUUCUGACUAUAAGAUGAUCAAUAUGACAGCAAACACAAACCUUUUGGGCUAAGUAGAUCACAUUUUUUAAAAGUUGUAAAGUAAUGAUGAUCAUCGAUAUGUGUUACAGAUGUUACCAGAUGGAUGACUACACCCCAGCCAAAAACCUUAUGACUAUGUGCUUCACAUACUACUACAUUGGUAAGAUAUGUUAGUCCCUCUUACAUCUUUGUGCUCUUUGUCUUGCAGGUCAUCUUACUGUAGGUCAGGCUCAAACUCAACUCAUUAGUGUUUUGCCGAGAUUUUCUGCCGAUGUGAAAGGUGAUAACAGAUCCAAUCUGAAACCUUCUGACCAAAUCACAGGCUCCUCUCUCUGAGUGGACUUGAAUAAUUUAUCCAUAUCAGUGCAUGCAGCUGUAAACAUUGUUGUCUUGAAGGUGUGCAUCCUUCAGUUAGAAGAGUGUAGACGUUACAGUUGAUAUCUCACCUAAGAUUGUUACCCCAAAUAAUGAAUAUUGAGUUCCCUAAAUACCCCCCCCCCCCCCCCUGUUGUGCCUUGCUCGCCUUGUAUGAUUGUUUGAUUUAACAUUAUUUUUCAAUCUUGUGUGAAAAAGAAAAAACAGGAAAAUAAUGUAUCCAUGAUGAUUCAUCUUUUGUUUGUGAUGAAAUUUAAUUUCUAAGUCAGUGGGUGUUUUGAGACUCCUGUAGUUUGAGCCCAACCCUGAAGUUACUUCUCUUUUCAAACUGUGAGUUAUUGAUAUUUCAAAACAAAGCUUGGUGUUUUCUUCAUUUCACAAGUUAGGAAGAUCUUACUUGCAGAAGAACAAGUUUAAACUGCAGAGCAAACAGUGAAAAUCAGUCCACAGUGCUGAUUCAGAGAAAUGUGAACACCACAGGUUGACCCUGUGGUUUCUCUUGCAAAACACCACAGAGUAAUAUAAAACGUUCUGCGUGCAAUAACUUUGCAGGGCUACAAGAUGAAAGUGUUCAUGCAAUCAGAAAGCUUUGAGUGAUUAGUCUAAUACAAAGUACACACAGUUUGUUGCUUCACAUCAGUCUUCAGACUGUAUAAUUUUCUAGUAAACCUGUAGCAGGCCGCUUUGUCGAGUGGUGAAAUGCUACAAAAGGACUUUUUGUGAUUUGUAAACUGCAAAGAAAUCUGAACCUGAAGAUGCUAAAUUGGAGAGUGUGACUCCAGUCUUUGGUCCUGACACAUUUUUAAACUUCAUCCAACCAUCACAAAAAUUUCUAUGAUACUCAUUUAUAAUAUAAUACUCAUUUACACCAAAGUGCAUUGACAUCAUCUAUGGCUGUUUUUCUGAGAUGCUUACUACAACAAUCUAGUUACAUAUUUUUGCAUAAUUGUGCAUUAAACUAAGACUUUAUAUGACACUGGUUUAUUAAUGAUUAUUUUCAAAGAAAGUGGCCUCUUUUCCUCCAUCAAAUGCCUUGAUAGAUGUCAUUUCAUCUUGGCGGCAAAGGAUUCUGGGAAAAUACAUCUGAAGGUUGUUUUUUUGUUUUGUUUUGUUUUUUUCCAAAAAUAAGAAAGACACAUAAUGAUUAAAAAAUAUAUUAUUUUCCUGAACUAGUUAUUCCUGAGAAGAAGUACUGCCAUCUGUUUUUAUUUUAGGAGGAGGUAGUAUUCAGGGCCACAGAUUGGACUUGAACCCUGACCGCCAGCUUCAUGUAGUAAAGCCUCUGUGUAUGAAGUCUGCAUUUCAACCAAUAAGCUAAACUGAGUCCUUUUAUUGAAUGUUAUUUUUAUCAUGACAAGAUUCAACCAUUUCAUGCAUCACAAAGUAUUCAACCCUAUGACAAAUAAAUAUGAGUCAGUGUUUUGCAAUGUGCUCCUUAUAUUUAAGAACUUAACAUUCACUAUGAUAACAUGAAAGUCACAGCCCUUUGCUCAAAAGGAGAAGAGAUCUACAGUGUGUGUUUUAUUUAUGAUCCAUUUUACCAGGAUAAUGCUAACAAAUUUCAGUCCGUUUUUUGGGCACAUAAACUAAUGGUUUUGUUUCACAGUGGGCAGACAUCAUUCCAUUAAACUCUCUGCUCUCACCUGGUUCAGGGAAAUCCCAGCCGUCUCCCUCAGAACUGCUGGAUCGUGGCCCUCCUGUGAGUCUGGAUUCAUACCUUAACAAGGCCAAUUCCUGGCUGUCUGGGAAGAAGGAUGCAGCUGAGCGCCUCCUCAAAAACACGUCAAAAUCUGACGUCAAAGGUUUCUUCGGCGGCUUAGAGAGCAAGCUGAGGAGCACAGUGGUCCCCAAGACUGAGUGAGUAAACACACUGUCUCUUUCAAAAUCUUCCCACUGACACAGUCAUGUCGAGUUUCAGUCCUUUUUCACUUCUGCUUUCUCACUUGCAGGGACACGGAUGGAACAAUUGGGACAAAACCCUCAUCGCCAGGUAAAGUGUGUCAUAAAUCACCAGAGCGUAUUUUGCUGUGAGAGACUGGCAAAACAGAAGCUUUUCUCUGAGCUUUUCUUUGCUCUCUUUAUUGUACAAGAUGUGAUCUAAACACUAAGUUUGCCAAUCUUCCCCCUCAGUAUCUGACAACCCAGAGGAAAAGAAGAACGAAAAGGUGUACCUGUACACUCACCUGAAGCAGCAGCCCAUAUGGUAAGUUAAAGACCCUGUGAGAAGUUUUCAUCUUGUUAGAAAAUGAAAUGAUGUUAUCUAUAAUUUUGUGACGGAUAAGGAAAAAGCACACACUGUCCUCAAAAUCACAGUUUUACAGUCCAUAAAAACUGUCUGAUAAAACCAAGCAGUCAUUCAUUCAGUAACUCUGACAUCUGGUAAAAGACACUUUAAAAUUACAUCCAGAGAAUCCCGAAUAUGAGACACACUAAGCAGACGCACACUGUAGAUGAAUGAUUCUUUUUCUCCAUGUUUUGGCUUUGGAAAAUUCAAAGGAGUUUCAGUUUCGAUCAUGAUGAUGAUUAUAUGGUUUCGUUGGGCGUUAUUUGCAGCCCCCUUUCUAUGUGAUGUAGUGAACGAAGUGCAUCUUCAGAGAGGGAACCUUUCAGGUUUUAAUGUUUCUUUUGUUCUCUCUGUCAGGCACACAUUACGGUUUUGGAACGCAGCGUUUUUUGAUGCUGUCCAUUGUGAGAGGACUAAAAGAUCACCGACUACACGGUGAGUCCAAAGGUGUAGAAAUAAAAAUCUUAUCCUAAAAAAUGUCUUAAGAAAAAAAGCGUACCAUCUUUUAAAAUGAGACAGGGAUAUGUUGUGUGUUUCUCCUUGUUUAUGAUCUAUGAAAUUUCAGAUUGUAGACCUUGAGAGCAAAGUGCCUCUGGCGUCAUCCUAAACCUUUACUGCCGCUCAUCAUCUCCUGAUUCUCCACACAUCAUCUUGCUCUCUUCUUUUCCUCUUCUCUCUUUCCUCCUCCCUGCCUCACACCCUGUCUAUGAGCUGUUGUUGUUCUCCUCCUUUUUGCAUGUUGACUCUGACUCUUUGUCUCCUUGUGCCUCGCUGCGGAGCAGGGGAACGCAGGAAGAAGAGAAGUCUGAGAGGUCUGUCCUUCUAUGUGUCAGCUGCCCCCAAAAUCGUCAAAUAAAAGGAAGGCAGAGAGAUGGAGAAGGACAGUCUUGAUAAAUAUUUUGCAGAUCUUCUUAAAAGAUAAUCAUAAAGCUCCAAAAGUAGAGGGUUAAAAAUGUCUAAACUGACUUCAAAGUGGGGAGAGAUAGACCAAUUAAUUCACACUUUUUGUGAUUUACACAAAGGCAGCUGAGUGUUUCCACAACAGCAUAGUCUCAUUGGCAGCAGUUUGAACACAUAUCACAUGAACAUACUGCUUUCUCUUUUAGUACUUUAAAAACAAAGAUUUUUUUCAGAAGUUACACACUUUGCCAAAAGGAUAUCUGGGUGAUAGAAGGCUUUACCAGUUUGUGCACACAUAAUAUCAACCCAAAUAAAUCAGAAUCAAGUUUUUGAGUGUUUUCUGGCAUGAUUGUUGUCAGGUACUUAGUACAGGGUUCUGUCUUGCAUAAAAACAAACUUUUAUGAUAUGAAAGUUAUACUGAUUUUAAAAAUGUAAGUGUAGGUAAAAUUUCAGCUCUUAUCAAAAACAUCAUUUCCUGUAGAUAUAGGUUUAUGAAAUUAAACCAGGGUGUCCAACUUACAAAGAAGAGGCGACUCCCUCAGCGUGGAGCCAAAAAAAUUAACUGUUCAUAAUUCUAUUCGCUUAAAGUGUAUCCCCACCACACUUAGCAUACACACUGUCAUCCAGCAUUAGUGUUGAGUCACACAAAACAUUCAGGAACCUGUAAAAAGACGGAUGUUGUCCUUUCACAUGCAGCGUUCUCUGGUUUGAAAGCAUUCGUGAGGAACAUCUGAAACCCACCGGGAUUGUUUGAUGUAUUGACCAGCCCUUGUCGUAGAAGUCAGCCCUCAGUCUAAUAUGUCGGUUUCAGAUGCACUCUUGUCAACAAUGAUGGGAUGGUCUCUAACAAUACAUAGAUAGACAAAGAGCAUGUCAGGACUAUGGCAAGAGAUUUAACUGUGUAUCAGUGAGAAGAUAUAAUCUGAAUAAUCCUGGACAGGAAUGUCCGCAUCACCGGAAUAAUAAUGUGGUUCCUCUCAUAAUUACAGCAGAAUUACUGUGUCCGAGUGACUCUGUUUCCUGUUUUUGUGCCUCGUUUGUUGUUAAGCUUUUCAUUAGUUAUUUGACGGUCAUUAUUUUGUUUUUCUGCUGCCAUUCAUCCUUUCCAGUUGGUGUCUGUUGGCAUGUUCAUGUGGGUGUCUGAAAGGUGAUGGGAUUCACCUCGGUGUGCUUUCAUGCUGCUGUUGAAAUGAUUUUGAGCCCAUUUGAUGAAUAAGAGUGUCACACCCUCAUAUUAAUAUCCUGAUGUGCAUUGCAAACCUUGUGUAAUGUCUGUGAUGGUAUUUAUAUCCGGAGCAGGAGACAGAGGCAGCAGAUCCACUGCAGCCUCUUCACAGCUCACUGCAUGUUCACACCAUUAAUCUCUCUGCAUGUGAUAUUUUUCUCUGCCUCAUCUGCAUGUUCUCUGUGCCGUCUCUUUUUUACUGCCUGUACCCGCUCCUGUGUUUCACAAAGCCCUGAUUAAAGAGAUAUGCAGUACAUGCCAUAUGUAGGCUAUAUAACCCAGAACAGGCUGUUUUUGAAAAAACACUCUGUGCUUUUUGCACAUUUUGGAGCUUUUUCUCUCCUGUUUCUGCCAUGCUAAAACAUUUUUUAAAAAUACCAUCAGGUUGGAUAGAAUUUUUAAAAAAUGCUAAAAAUGUUACCUUUAUUAAAGCUGACAUAGCUGUGGGAUCUAAAAAGUGGAGAUAAUGCAGAAGCCUUCAAUCUGCAUUGCUUUUAAUGGUCAGCAGAAGACUGGUGAAUAGUUUCCACUGAUUUUAUGGUCUUUAUAACAAGUCACAAAUCUUCCUCAAAACAGUGGGAUAUUUACCAUAUGAGGGUCUCAUUUAGAGUUAAAUAGAUGAUAACAUUAGGGAAGGCUGCCAUUGAAUAAUGAGUGACAAUGAUGGGAACCUAAAUUGAAGGCCUUUUUCUGUGUGAACACUUCCAGUCUACAUCCAAAUAUGCUAGCUAAAAUUAGCAUCCUAUUUAAUCUCCUGUAUCCCAACAGCAAGUCCUCUUCCCAGUCUCAAAUUUCCGUCCAUAAGUCAAUUAUGGUUUUUAAACACCAAGGUCAUUGUGUAAAAACCACAGGUCAUUACAGCAGUGACAUCCAUGUAGUUAUGCCAACACCUAGUAGGUUGUUGGUGUCAUGGGCUACCUAUUUACACAUCUAGCAGACAUAGACAAACUUUUACCAUUCAAGCUUUACUUGGGGUGGGUCAUUAAUCCUCUGCCCUUAAUAAUUCUGAAUUUAGAAGCUAACUGUCUAAAACAACAAAUAGACAAUGCGGUUAGCAAGUGGGUCUUUGGAUUACAGCUCAAGGGUGCCCCUAAUGGUGCAGACAUGGCACUGCAAGUUAAAUGAUUCAGAAUGGCUCUGUCUUUGCAGUGGGCAUCAUACACGAGAAUGUUUUUAAAAUAUUGUAAUUGAUUCAGUGAGAAAGUUAUGGCGGUUUUGACUCUUUCUACUGUAGUUUCAUAAACAUGUUUUUGUUUUUUUUUACUCUGUGUUUAUUUAAUAUGUUGUUUCCUGUAGCAGACAUACAACAGCAUUUAGUAACCUAAUCAUUAACAGCUGUUGUAAUGGAUAUGGAGUUUUGCACAAAGGUUUUAAAGAGCUCUCAUCUGAAAAUCUUUAUUCCCCACAAUGACUAACAAUUUAUGACUGUAUGUUUUAUGAAACCGUAAGAUUCAACACUAAUAGUCUUGCAUGUAAAGAUCUACAACAGCUGAAGGUGGUUUUGUCAUACCAGAUCACUGCUUUUCAUCUGCUUGUAUAUGAUGAUGAUUCUUUGCGAAUUAAUCAUUUGUUGUAUUAUUUUUCUUUUGCUGAAAGCUGGUGGACGUGGUUUUUGCCCUUUGACAUUUUUUAUGUGCUUGAAAUGUUAUGUAUUCUUUAUUUGUAUCUCGUUUCAAUAAUCAAAGGUGCAGGGGUGGAUGUCAUGAAUUUCCUUAUGUGGGUUGUAGGGAUGUAUUUAACCUUAAAACAGCUCUGGAGGUGAAGAAGGAAGUGGAAAUGUGCCACAUAUGAAAAACCUAUUCAAAUCUAGACUCCAAAGUACUCCAGAGAGUGUGCAUGCCAAAUUUUCAGUUUAAUUUCUUUCUCAAAUAAAAUACCAGGUGGAAAUUUAAAUUGUGACCACCAGAUAACCAUUAAAGCAUACAGAUACUUGAAUUAAAAUGAAGGAAUUACAGCGGUUCUUCAGAGUUGUGGCUCCUGGCGCUCUGCUGUAACUCUGACCCGUCUUUAAUUUCAGAGUCCUGGCUGGAGUCACUGUAAUUAGAUACCUGGGUACCACAGCUCUGUACUGAUUGGACCAAGUGGCUAAAAGCAAGAAGUGAACAUUUUGUCCACAAGAACCCUCCUCAAGCCCCAGAGAGUUCACACAAAGCACUCAGGGACAUGAGAUAGAAAGCGAGAAAACAUUAACCCCAUCAAAUAUGAUCCAGUUUUACCAAAACCACAGUCUUGAAAUCAUAUUGACUUUUGAAUCAGAGCUGAAAGGUAUUUUUCCACACCAAAUGAGUUCUUCACAUGUGGGCCCCGAGCUUCUUUCCAAACCUACCAACCUACAGUCAAACAUUUUACAGAUGAGUAUAAAACAAGUUCCAGUCUGUUGCACCACUGCUUAAGUCACUAUAGCACUGGUAUGUAGUACUGUUGACACCCACCCCUGGCCUGUUUCAGUGGAGCUGAAGGUCAGAUAGAGCCUGAAGGACAAAACCUGACUCUGUCUGUCUCUGUGCUGUAGGGAGAGGUGGUGUCAUAUGACCCCAGAAGAGAGGGACGACAGCUCGAAAAUCGAUGAGAACAUCGCCUUCGGCCAACUGGGGUGAGAGAGCAGAGCACCAAAAUAUCAUCAAACCAAAACAAAAGACAAAAUACAAUAAAGCUAGAUGUGGAAGUGAAAUAAAUCACUGGUCCCACUGGCGCUGUAAGAUCUGACAUAUCUCAUCCAAAAGGCAGAGAGUAUAUCUAACUGUGCUUUAUAUUUGUAGACAACAGUUACCUUUAAGCUGUCCUCUGUCUCAUUUUGUGAGGCUUAAAGUGCACAGUGUUUUGAAGUUUCACCUUUUUCAUCUUAUAAAGAGAAGGUGAGGUGCGAAUCUGGCACAGUAUUGUUUUUUGUAUCCUUGAAACAACAUGGAAACUUGUCAAACAAAACCCUGAAUGGCAGCUUCAAUUUAUUGUAAGAUAGGCAGAUAUGUACAUUUUUUGUAGUGUGGCUUGGUUCUCUUGGAAAUUUUAGCUUCCAAGUGGAGAAGAGGGGAUGAGCAGAAGCUGUACCUCUUACUUUGAGUACUUAUUUCAUUUUUGUUGUUGAUUAUCGAUUUCAUUUUUAGAGUAAAUAACUUUCGCAUUUUGUGAAUUUUCAGGACAUUUACUCACAACAUGCUGGCGUUUGGGCUCAGUAAAAAACUCUGCAGUGAUUUCCUGAAGAAGCAGGCGGUCAUCGGCAACCUGAAUGAAGGUAAAAGAAUACACCUGAAACAUGAAAAACACGUAGUUGCAUUGUAUAUAUUACUUAAUUAACUUUAGGCUGUUUCCUUAGCAUGACUAAAGUCUUGUAUAUGAUCAUUGUCAUUUAUUUGUGAAGUCAGGUGGGCUGAUUACCUUACUUAUUUAGAAACAGCUUUUUCAUGAUAAGCGGUUUGUUUUAAGAAAGCAAAUUGAUAUUUCUACAAGGGUUUGCAGAUCAACACAAACUAAGCUUUUCGUAUUAGCUUUUAAGUGUCUGUAACAAUGAAGCUUUUUUAGCUCCAGCUAUUAAAUCCAAUGAAAAAGGCUGCUUUUUUCUUCAAAAAUAGCUCCACUGCUUCAUAUAGGUGUCUGUGUUUUAUCUCUUCCCAGAGCAGUACAAGCUGCUGACCGACCACAUUGAGAAAAUGGCGGCAGAGUGAGUUUGCGGAGGAUGGGCUGUAUUUCAAAGACUGACAACACACACACUCACACACACAUCUGCAGUUUGUUUUCAGCUAAAUAUCCCAACAACUGUCUGCUUCUCCAUUGUUGCAUUUGUGUGGUGCAUUGCCGAAAAGCAGCGAAUACACAGUAAUGAUCUGUGUCAUACUGUAGCAAACCUCCUGUUACCUGGCAGUUCUCCUUUGCAUCCCCUCCAUAUCAGCAAUAACACAAUGUCCCCAGCUGGUGUAUACUUCGAUAUCAGUAAUGCCUCUGUUCGUGAAAUGCCUCUCAAGAAGAAGAAAAAAAAUAGAAGUACAAAGGGAAACCAUCCAGUAUGAACAUAAACAGCCUCAGUGUGAAGUCAGACUCUCUGGGUAUGUGUGAAGAAUAUAUAUCCUCUGUGCUAUGCUACUCUGUGUUUCCUUGGCAACCAUAUUUAUGACAUGUUACAUGUUUAACAGUAUCUGUUUGAACAAUGUGUGCUAAUUAUCUAUUGUUCUGCCUUGUUACAUUUUUUCAUUGUACUUCAGUCAGAGUAAAUGGCAAUAAGAAGUCAUUGUAUUUUAAUCUGCUAUAACUAUAUUAGUGUCAGAUUCAAUCAGCUGACUUAAUUACUGCAUACUCUCUGAUGCUUGUCCAUGUUUUCUUGAAUUCUGUAGUAUCCUUUUUGGUGGAAAACAGAAAUAUGUGACUUUGUACGAUGUUAUUUACCAGCAGCAUUUAAAACAGCAAAAUCUCUGACCUUGAAAAUGUUUCUACAGAAUAGGUUUGACAUCUUGAGAAAUGGGUGCAGCGAAUAAGCCAAGAAUAUUCCCUGCUUAUGUAUGUAUGAUAAAUAUAAUGAUACAGCAAGGACAUACUUAGCCUAGCUUAGCAUAAGGCUUGGGAUAUGGGAAGAGAAACUGCAAACCUGGCUCCAUCUGAAGGUUUAAAUCCACUCAAUAGUACCCCUAAAACUGACUCAUAUACAUAAAUGUCGGUUGUUUAAUCUGCAAGGUUAUGUUUCAAAUGAAAAACUGUGGAUGUUAGAGGCAUAAGCUACAUGAUAAAACCACAAAUUUGUGUUUAGGGAAUGUAAUGUUGGAUUUUUCUAUCAAAAAUGGGAAUAUUUUCCAAAUCCUCUUCACUGAUUGCUGCUGCAGAAAAUGUGCCUAUUUAUUUGCAAUCAGCAGAGUUGGAUUAAGUCUCUCUUUUAGUGGACUGCAGGUAAAAUUUUUCUCUUGUGCAAACUGAAGCACCAUUAGGAAAGUAAACUAGAGAACAUGUCACUGAUGUACUUACUUUCCCCGAAGGGCAUUUGGAAGUGUUUGUAUUAUAGGGAGAGAUGUUCAUUUAGGCCAAAAAGACUUGUUUUAAGGCAUUAAGCGGCUAAAUCUGACAAGCUGCAAUUUGAAUUUCAUGUUAUUCAAAAUAAAGUGUAAGAUGGGGGUUCGAGAGCUUUAGAUUGUAGUCGAGUUGACAUUCAUUUUCCGAACAGGCUGUUUGCCCCUACCUCCUUUAUGCUAAGCUUAGCAUUUUCCAGCCAUAACUUGAUAUUAAACAGCUAGUGGAUCUGAUUGUCUUGUUCAAUUUUGGGAAGGAAAAAGCAACAAAGUCUUCCAACCAACCUUAACAAGAUUUAUUACCCAUUUUACUGAGAUCAAGUUGUAUUGAUUUUUUUUAGGUUUUUAUUGAGAAACUUUAAUACACAAUUUGACACAUUGUUCAUCCAAAGUGCCUUCCAUUAAAUAAUUCUUCCUUUCUUUAUCCUUCGACUCUACCCACUUAUGCUUGACUUAAUGCGAUUACAGAGCUUGCAAACGCCCCUUGCUCGAUAAACAGCUCCUGCAUGCAGUUAAGUCUUGUCGGUGUUCUCAGUGUUGGAUUUAGGUGAUAGUUUUUUAGAAUUCGUGCUCCAUGUGAAUCUAUUUGUGUAUUUUGUGUGCAACCAGCGUCAAGCAAAUGUAGUAUGAGUGACUGAACUGUGAAGUAAAAAAUUGUGCUACUUUGUCCAUCCACUGAGGGGCAGCAUUGUACGUCCAUUCACAAUACUCCUCACAGACAGGUCCCUCAAUCCAAACAAAAAUGUAUGAAGAAAACAUUAGAUUAUGAUUCUUAAAUGAUGGUGAACCCCACUUGGAUACCUAAGUCAUGCACUUUUUAAAAGUUUGGAUUUCAAUUCAGAUUGAUCUGUUCUGAAUCAAAUGUCACUGAUGAAGCCAUUUUGUAAAUAUUGUACAUGUUUCUUUGUGUUGUGAGAAUUGAUCUCCUGUCAUUUUUGUGAAUUUUUGACCUUUAAUUGUUAAUGUAUAAAUGUUAGCUGUAAUGGGACAUUGAAGUCGUUCCAGAUAGGAAAAUAAUUGUCUAAAUGUCGUUAUGACCCUUAAGUGCUCCUGAACAUCUAGCCUCUAUUGUGGCCAUUCAAAGUGUGCUAACAGUGUCGUGACUUUAUUCCCAUUUGAAUGUGCAGUAAAUUACUCUAUGAUUCAUAUAGAAAACCAUGCAAUCCUCUGUAUCAUCGAACAGUUUUUGAUGACUCUGUUAUGUGUCUCUUUGCAUGUGGUCCAGGUGGUUUUCUAAAACUUGGAGAUGUUUUCAUUAGACCUCUUAGACCAUUGUGUUCCUCUGGUGAUGUAUCUAUAUUUGCUUUAUUUUACUUGUUAGCUCAGCAUGAGCCAUUUGCACUACAUUUUGCCCACACACUGUAAACAUCUUCUGAAUAAUGUUACACUGAUGCUUUCCUUAUUUGUUCAGUAUAUGCUGUCUCUCUACAUUGGGAAUAUCUGUUGUGAAAUGUUGACCAAAGUUUGUCUUUUAUUGCCUGCAUGUAAACACCUUUUCAACCAUAUUGACUUUGUGAAAAGUAUCAACCAAGUGGAGCUUAUCAUUAAAGUACUAUAUUACAUU